AUGAGAUAUGCCAAUAUUAUUCAGGAGGAGGAGGAGGAAAAGGAUGAGGAGGAGGAAGAGGAGGAAGAGGAGGGGGCAGCUGAAGCUGUGGAGGAGGAGGAAGAGGAAAAGGCAGAAGGAGUGGAAGCAGCUGCUGAUGAAGAGGAGGAUGAGGUGAAGGCAGAGGAAGAGGAGCAAGAGGAGGAACAGGAGGAAGAGGAGGGGGAGGUAGCUGCUGAGGUGGAGCAAGAUGAGGAUGAAGAAGAGGAAGAUGACAAGGAACCUGAAGCAGCUGCAGCUGAGAUUGAUAAAGAGGACGAUGAGGAUGAAGAUGAAGAUGAAGAUGAGAAGGAACCUGAAGCAGCUGCAGCUCAGAUUGAUGAAGAUGAAGAUGAAGAUGAAGAGGCUGACAAAGAUGACAAUGAUGAGGAGGAAGAAGAGAAGGCAGAUGCUGCUGAUGAAGAUGAAGAUGAUGAAGUUUCUCCUGAACCUAUCUCCACUUCUGAGGAUGAAGAGUCGGCCGUGUCUCCUGAUUCUGACUCUGACGUACCUGUCGACGUCAAAGACAGUGACGAAGAUGUGACUCUGCCCGAUGAAGAUGGCGACAAAGACGAAGAAGAACAUGACGAAGACGAUACCGGUGACGACGCAUUCACUGACGCCUCGGACGUCAGUGAAUCUGCACUUCUUUCCAGUGAUGAAGAGGGAGUGGAGCUGGAUGAUGACGACGAUGAUGAAGAUGACAGAUUAGCUGAGGGCGUCACGACGUCGGAUAGCGAUGACGUCGUUGCAGAAGACACCGACGACGACCUGGAGCUUGAUCUUCCUCCUAUUCCUGCUGCUAGUGAGGAUGAUGAAGAUGAUGAAGUUGAUGAUCUUAAACUCCCUGAAGAUGAAGAUCUUCCUCCUUUGCCUGCUGUUAAAGAUGAUGAGGAUGAUGAUGAUGAUGAACACGUAGAAGACGACGCCAAAGUUGCUGAAGACGCUGAUGAAGAUGAUGAUGAUGAUUUGGACCAAUCAGACGAGGACGUCUCCGUUGCCUCCUCUGAGCACUUUGCAGACGAUGAAGACGACGAUGACGAGGAAGACAGUGAUCUUAAUGACCUUGACUUUGACCUUGACAAAAACAUUCUUGUUGACCUCGAUGAUGAUGAAGACGAGGAUGACCAUGACAAACCUGAUGAUGUCAUUGAAGAGGACAUCCAUGAUGAUGAUGAUGAUGACAAAGAGGAGGAAGAGGAGAAGGAGGAAGAGGGGGAAGAUGAAGUCUCUCCCUUUGAGAGUACAGACAGUGGGGUCUUAGGGGAUGAAGAUGAUGAUGACGAGGUCACUCUUAAAACAGACGAAGAAUCUGUUGGAGAGACUGUGUUCAGUGAUGACAUCUCCUAUGACACGACCGAUGAUGACGAUAAAGAUGAUGACGAUAAGGAUGAUGAAGACAAGGAUGAUGAAGAUAAGGAUGAUGAAGAUAUCGACGCCAGCUCGCUUGAGUUCACUUUCGAUCAAGAAGACGAAACAGAGAUCGCAGAAACUUUUGUCGCCACUGAAAAAGACGACGAAGAGCUCACAUCCGAGUCCGUAGCCAGCGAGGAUGAGGAAGAGGACGACGAUGAGGAUGAUGAUGAAGAUGAUGAUGAUGUUGAUGAAGUCUUGCUAGCAGCUACCACUGCAGCAGCGUUUGCUGUCCAGGAGGAGGCAGUAAAGACUGAGGAAGACAUCGAUGAGGACGAGGAUGAGGGCGACAUCAAACAGGCUGCUGAUGAAGACGAAUCUGAGGAGGCUGAAGCUGUUACGAGUCAGCCUGCUGCCCUCGAGGAGGAGGAUGAGGGAGAAGAUGAAGAGCCGGCAGCUGAACUGAAGAAAACUGUGGACGAACCUGAAGACAAAAAAGAGGAGGAGUAUGACGAAGACGACAAUGAGGAGAAGGCGACGGUGAUCGUGAUCAAACCUGUGCCUCAACCCGAGGAAGAAGCCCCACCGACUGAACCCGCAGCAUGUCCCUGCAUGCACUCCACAAAGGCCAAAGAGGCUGCAGCAAAGACUGUAGACAAAAAAGAUGCUCCGAGAAGGGUUUCAGCUAUUAGAAGAAAAAAAGACAUUGAAGCUGUGAAAACCGAUGAAAAGCCAAAAAGGACAGCUCUACCCAGAAUUGCAGGUCUGCCACCAACACUCAGGAGGAUCAGGAAAAUUCCUACUAUUCUCAGAGCCAAGAAAGUGGAAAAGACCAAGACUCCCAAAGCAGAGACAGAGACCAAAAAAAAAGAAGAGGUCACAGAAUCUGCACAAGACGUUGGCCCUUGCAGACCUGCACCCGUCUACUGCCCGUCUCCACCUGGCUGGUACGUUCAUCACGUUGUCACAGACAACCCGUAUCCUCCACCAACCAUGCCAGCUCCCUCUGCUCCUGUUCUGACCGCCCACCCCGUCCAUCCUGGAGCUCCGCCGCUGCAGCCUCUUUAUCAGCAGCAACCACCUCCCUUGAUGCAGCCGCUCUAUGCACAAUAUCAACCAUACCCACCGCCAGUGCAGCCAGCGGUGCAGCCUCAACCAGAACCAGUGCAGCCAGUCCCACCAGUUGAACCAGUCCAGCCAGAAGCUACAGAACAAGAGGCUCCUGUUCAGCCUGAGAUCCAGACUCCAGCUGAUGAAGCUCAGCCCACUGUGGCUCCAGUCCAGGAAUCAGAAACUGUUGAGGAAGAAGUGAAGGCUGCACCCACCAAGAAAGCUGCAAAGAAGAAAACUGAGGCUGCUGAUUUAACAAAAGAGCCAGCAGCGGGCAAAGAGAAAACAAAGAAAGAUGCUGCUGUUCCCAAAGACACCAAAGCAAAGAAAGAACCAACUGCAAAAAAAGAGAAAACCAAAAGUCCAGCAGUGGCUAAGAAAGAGCCAGCUGUAAAAGAGAAAAACAAAACUGCUGCAGCUGCUAAGAAAGAGCCUGCAGCUGCCAGACAGAAGAGAAAAUUAGGCUCUGAAAAGACAGAAGCGUCACCUGUCAAGAGCAAAGAGAAGGCGUCUGCAGCCAAGAAGGAUGCAGAUCCAGAACCACGUCCGCAGCCGAUCAGACUGAGAACGAGACUAGACGCUGCUAGGAGGGCGAAUGUAACCUCUCAGGCAAAGGAGGAGAAAGAACCAGCCAAGACAAGAUCAAAAUUAUUGGCGGACAAAAAAAGCAAAGCUGACAAGGCUGAAAAGAAAUCUGUCAAAGUGGCUCAAGAUAAAGAGAAACAACCAACACAAACUAAAGAGCCCGAGACCGAAGACAAUACUACAGAAAAGAAGAAACCAGGCCAGAGAUACUUCCAGUGCAUUUACGUCCCUGGUAAAAAUGCACAGUACCCUUUGCGACCUUUCACCCCAGCCAUGUCCCCCACCAUGAUGUCCCCUGCACUCAGGUCCAUGUUGGAGCAGCAGAGAGCAGUGAGGGCGUCGGGGCAAUAGGUCAACCUGAACUCUCACCUCAUUUCUGAUAGCACUGCAUCUCCCAGUCCAGCAGGGGAAGAUGUUUUAAAUCUGUGAAAUCCUUACAUUUUGAGGAAAAACAACAGACACACAGAUAAAAAUGGACAGAACUAUUUUGUUUUUAAUUUAUUUAUGUAUUUUUUUUCUUUCUAUGUGGUUGAGCUCCUGGGGUUUCUGUUGAUAUUUCCCAUUUUCCUCUCAGCUGAUGCUUUGCUGCUUCAUUAGUCAUCACUGCUAUGCCCUGCUUGUGUCUGAGAUGUAAUAUAAAAUCACCAACAUCCAAACAAGGAAGCAUUCAUGUAAAUAUUCUUAACUCAGUAUAGUGUACAUAAUGCUUGUAUUUGUAAUUUAGGCUGAAAUAAAUGUACACACCUUUGGCAUGUUGUUUUUCAGUUGCAGCCCAGUUUAAUAUGAGAUUUUUAUGAAACCCUAUUUUGUUUAAGGCACUUGCACUGACAAAACAGUUAUGCACAAUAAGAAACAAUCGUUUUUUAGUCUCAAAGGAUACUUUUUUAAAGCUGCACAUCAUAUAUUUCGAAGGGAUAAUAGUGUAACAAAUGCAGCUCAUGAACUCAUUAGGGACAGCAUUUUGCAUCAAAUGUUAAUGGAAAAGAAAUUAGGAAAUAAAGAACUUGUAUUGGAUUUGAAUGUGAUUAUACUUGAAUGGCCAUGUUGCAUAUUUCAGCUUUUGUUUUGUAAUAUAACAGCUAAUGUAGCAAUGCAUGCAUUCACACUCUGAGUUGUGACUUGAGAAUGUAAAAGAUGAAUAAGUUGACAACUUGGAUCCUCUUUCAUUUUUAAUCAUUGAUGUAAAUCACCCUCAUCCUGUGUCCCAUAACAAGACCGGUUUUUGUUUUGCUGCUUCGCUGCAUCCGCCACAGAUUAUCAUGCAAAUGUUGGGGUUUCAAAUCCCAGGAGCUCCCACAGUUGAUCCAAGCAGCCUCCCUGUCUCUGAUCCUGAGUGUGUGAACAUCCAUCAGUCUCAUAAAAAUGUUGCUGAGUGAUGAAUAAUGAGGCUUUUUCUGCUUAGAUGACCUAAUAUCAGGCAGGAGUAAAGAGGAAGGCGAGCUCAUCUCAGCCUUGUCAGCAUGAAACUGCAGCACAUGGAACAGUAUGAGUCUCACCUUAACAUGCUUCAUUUAAAUUAAAGGCACUGCUGCUUUUCUUAGUUUAAAGACAUACUUUGACAUGUUUAAUGUAAUGGUUGGAUGUUUUUUCAUUCCCAGACACUGGCACAUUUUGUUUUAUUGUCGGUCUUUAGAAGAAGUUGCUUUUUAAAAGUGUCCUCAGCUUCAAAUAGGAACAUAAGGGCAUGAAGUUAAAGUUUACAGUAUAUAAUCCCUCAUUUAAUCAUUUAAUACUUGAACGCUGUAAUUUUUUAAUAAUUGGCCCUUUGCUUCUAUGUCCCAUAAUUUUAACACCUUAAAGUCCUUAAAAAAGUCAAAGUCAGCUUUGUUCUUACGAAUGAAGUGCACUUUAUAGAAUCAGUGGAUUAAAUGUCGUAUUGUAUCAAGUAGAAUCUCAAACUGUUGAGCUAUCUUAGUUAACUUAUUUUAACUUGCAUGUUCAGAGACAGGGAGUCUGUGCACGGACAACUUUGACGUGACCAACUAAUGAGACGCUGUGAUGUCUGCUACAGUGGUUAAAUGUCAUUUUUAUCAUGUUGAUCAUCAGCCUGUUUCUUAAGGCUGAUACGUUGUCAUAUUUUCAGUUACCUCACUCGCUCUGGUUUUGUAUCUGACCAACAAGGCCUGAUGUCUUGUUGUUGCUGCGAAACUGUUGCUGAGCAUUAUCGGAGAUUUGCUGUUGUCUUACAGAAUGAAAACCUCAACUGAAAAGAACCAAAAGGGGUUUUCACACUAGGAUUAAAGCGGGGAUAACACCCACAUUAGUCCAGGGCCUGCUGUAGUGUUCGCCCAAGGCAUAUUCACACUUACAGUUCCUAUAAUCCACGACGCAUUCUGAUGUUAAUUCCUCCAUAUUUUUAAAGUUCAGUUUCACUUGUGAGUUACAUGGUAACGCAACGUAAGGCACUUGUACUGUUGCAAUGGUUACCUACAGUUUAAUACCUUGUGGACUGACUUUGAGCAGUUAUUUAACUGUAGACUGACGUUCGAGGUGUGGCAAUUUAUUCAUUUUCAUUGUAUUGCAGGUCUAUCCACGUCUGUUCAGGGUUAUCCCCAAAAAGUCUUAAGGUGUGUUCAGACUGAACCCAAAGCUAAGUUCAGAGGCGAUGCAAAUGCAUACAAAUCAAUGGAAAAAUGUGAGUGGAAGCAAACAGCUGCAGAUUCAGUCCAGGUAGUGCAAACUAAGGUGAAGACGCAUCUUAAAAUGCUUCCACAAAACACCAGAAAUUUGCAUAUAUCCUGCAGCUGUAUGACUCUGCUGCAGAAACAAGAGUAACAUAGGACAAACUGAGGACAAAAUAACAGAGAACUGGAGUUCCUGUUGAGUUUUGUAAUGAGUCCGACCUACCAAGCUAACAGCAACAGCUAGCCCCUUUAGAGUUUAUCAUUAGCUGUUUGUGGCCACUAAUGGAACAAUAAAGCGAGGGAAAAUUGCUUCAUGUUCACUCUGAAUGCACCUUUGAAAUCACUGGUGUUAAUCUGGGUUAGAACCAAAGCAACGGGAUGUCCAAUCAAAUCUCCGCUUAUUGUUUGCUGUUAGCAUACUGAGCACAUUAACUCUGAUUUUUGAGUGUGAAUAUUUAACCUGAGGCUUGAUGCAAACUCCAGGUUGACAAGUCCAAGUGUGCCUGCAGGGUUUAGGUCAACUGGCUAGAGAAAUGUAAGUGUGAAGAGCCCUUAUGUUUCAUGAGAGCAAAUGAGAUCUGACAAGCAUUUACAGUAGCAAUCUACUGAGUGUUGUUAGAGUGGCAUUUAAAGGCACCUGGCAUUGGUGUUUACUUCAGGUGUUUUGCUCAUAGAUGAAUCAUUUUUAAAAUGAUUCUUAUUCCAGUGGGGAGAUGCCGUUGUAGGUUGCUGCUCUGUGCUGUCUAGAGGCCCUGAAUGAAUGAUAUUAACAGACAGUAAUUACACCAUACAGCUGGAGCUGUGUGCUCUAAUUAUGCUUUCAAAUCUUACCUAAUCCAAUCUCACUUGACUAUAUACAAGACUUUUCAUAACCUGCACAAAUGUUCAUGUGAUCCUAAAAAGUGGAAUGGGUCUCGGCUACAUCCCUUAUUACAUGUUCUAAAUAUUGUUGCGUAAGAUCACAAGUACAUAAGUGUAAUGCUGUUUUUUCCCCUGCAUGUUGUCACCAUAGUGCAGCAGUACAGUAAGGGUACCGUGUGUGCACUUGAAGCAAAAAAAAAAAAAAAUUUACUCAUCAGUAUGUUUCACUUCAGUUUUCCAGUUUAUAUAGUUUAUAUAUUUGAUGAUCUGUACCUUCUACAUUUUGGACUAGGUUUCCCACAUUUGUUGGUCAGUAGUAUAUUGUUGAUAAUUUUAUGUAGUUUUUGCUCCAAAAGUCAAUACUUUUGACAACUCUCCACUAAACAAACCUGACCACUUGCCAUUUGAAGUUACCUUUGGAGUUUUUGUCCACUAGUGGGCAUGUGAACCACUGUUUUGAGGAGCAGGUCCCUGAGGAGGACAGACAACACAAAUAAACUUUAGCUUCAAGCUAUUAAGUUGAUGUAUGUAUAAGCAAACAUCUUUGGACAAGCUUACCUAGGAAACUUUGGUUACUAGGGUUCUCUGUGAACAGCUUGCCUGUCACGUCACCUGAUGUUUUGGUUAAAAAUAAAGGUAUUUAUUUCAAAGACAGGCAAUGCGUUCAAAUGGCAGGGGCGAGAAAUGUUCUUUACUAUCCCUUAAUUUUACAUAAUUCCUAUUAUCAAUGGUUGCGUUAAAGUGCGUCAAAAUGUAGAAAUGAGUACAGCAAGCUGAUGUAAACAAUGCAGUUUUUAAAACAUUCAAACAUUCAUAUUAUGGGCCUACAUUAAAAAAUGUACAAAGUGCCAUAAACUCCAUGUUUGUUUUACUUGAACAUUAGCAUACACAGUAUCAGAUGUGCUAAUUUUGUUACCGUUCUUUUGACCAUGAGGUUUAGAAACGUGUAACAAUUGAAUAUGAGCCAAUAAAUGAAUUGGAUUUGAGCAUUUAGGUCCGGUUAAGUUAAUUUGAGACCAACGGGCUUAUUGCUUUAUAGAAAGCAGUGAAAAAAGAGGGAAACCAGCAGUAAAUACUGGUUGGUAUUACACCUAUGGCUCUUGUUUAUACCAUAGUAUGACAAUGAUUUGCUAGUUGUGUACCUUCUUCUAAGGGGAAUUCAGGAGUUUUAAAACCAGGUUUAUGCCAUGUGCAAACCCUGGAGGAAACUGUAUUUAAGUUUCUCACCUCCUGCAGUAGCUGGAGAGUAAAUGUUAUAAAAAAUACCUUUGACAGGACAUUGUAAAAGGUUUAAAAGACUUUCAGAAAGAUGUUACUUCAUAUUUGUUGAUGUUUACUUACCAAACAGUGUCAUUGUCAUCCUGGGCUUGUUUUUCUGAAUGAAAUCUACAGAAUUAGUCUGGAAGUGUUUUCAAAAUUGGGAAAAUAUGAUGACUGUGUUGUGAUUUCAGCAAUACGAGCAUAUUAUUUUCUGUAUUAAUGUUGUUUUGAAGCAAUUUUAUCCACUGAACAAAUAAGGUUUGAGGUUGUUUGGUUCAUUUGGAAGAAACACUUAUUUUGUUAAUGAUUUCUUAUGUAAUUUGCAUGAUGGUGUCAUUUAAAAGAAGACAGCAACGCAUUUUUGAGUUGUAAUUCAGUUCCACACAAGCAUCACUCUCAGAUGCUGUAUAAAGACUGUAGAUAAUAGUUUAUUUUUUGUGUUGCACUCUGGAGACUGAUCAUUAAGUCUCACAGUAAAAGAGUAAAAAAUAAAUGAAAAAUAAAUAAAUACACUGGUUUGCUCGGAAAAAUGUAAUUUGUUUCAAUUAGAGAGAGAGAUUUUUUUUAUGUUGUCCAAUAAUAUCAGACUGUACUGAGGGCAACAAUUUUAACUAUGUUUCAUAAAGAGAGAGUAUAAACUACCUGUUGCAUGUAUUAUAAAGCAGAGGAGUAUGGUGUAAGCACAUGAUAAGGCUAGCAGCCUGACUCAAUAACCAUUUUAAACAUUUUAAGAGCCAAUUAAAUGUCACAAGUGACAUUUCAGGCUGCUGAAAUGGCACUCUAGAGAUAAUGUCUGCCGUGGUAAAAUGUAGAAUACAAUCACCAAAAUGCAUUUUGUGAGUCAUAAUUUUAAUAAAUAUUUGAAGAAA